AUGCAUAUCGGCAGAGCGAUGCGGGGUCGAAUUCUAUCACCUUCUUCUUCUCGAGCAUCGAUUUAUCGCACGCUCCUUACCCGCACUGGAAAAACACCUAUCGUAUGUACCACAGCCGAAGAGGCCGUGGCGAAUAUAAAGUCACACUCUCGAGUAUUCGUACAUGGUGUUGCAGCUGUUCCAGGGACAUUGCUAGAGGCUCUGUCAAAACGCGCAUCGGAAUUGAAAGAUGUAGAGUUCUGCCACCUCCAUCUCGAAAAGCCAAAUCCAUGCAACGUACCAGGCAACAUGGCUUCAUUCUACACUAAUCACUUCUUCAUUGGAGCCAACGCACGAGCAUCUGUCGCUGCAGGUGCUGGGAGCUACGUGCCCGUCUUCCUUCACGAAGUUCCAAAGCUCAUGCGAACGGGGAUCAUGAAGCCUGAUGUAGCCAUCCUCAACGUCUCCCCUCCUGACCGGCAUGGAUACUGCUCCUUGGGGGUAGAAGUAGCCACCUCUUUGGCUGCGGCUCAAGUUUCUCCUAUACUGAUUGCGCAAAUUAAUCCAUCCAUGCCUCGAACCCACGGCGCAAGUUCGAUACAUUAUUCAUCGCUUGAUUACGUAUUCCAUGUAGAUGAAUCUUUACCUGAGCGCAAAGUUGGCGUGGGGCCCACCGAGGUGGAACAGGCUAUUGGAAAACAUAUUGCCGGGCUGGUUAAGGAUGGUGCUACGUUGCAAAUGGGGAUAGGGGCGAUUCCAAAUGCAGUUUUGUCUCAGCUUGGAGGACAUAAGGAUCUCGGUAUCCAUACGGAAAUGUUCGAAGAGGGAGUAAUUGACUUGAUUGACAAGGGCGUUAUAACAAACUUCAACAAAAGUUUCAUGCCGGGAAAGAUUGUCACUUCCUUCGUGAUGGGCUCUCGUCGCGUCUACGAUUUUGUAAAUGACAAUCCCACGGUUUCCUUUCUUGACGCAUCAGUGACAAAUAACCCGAGCCUUAUCGGUAGUAAUCCGCGGGUUACAGCCAUAAACUCAGCAGUGGAAGUAGAUUUGACCGGUCAAGUGUGUGCAGAUUCCAUCGGUACCCGUAUGAUAUCUGGAGUAGGAGGGCAAGUCGAUUUCGAACGAGGUGCGGCAUUGAGUCGUGAAGGCGUGCCGAUCAUCUGCCUUCCCUCCACCGACAAAUAUGGAGGUUCUCGCAUUGUUUCCAUUCUUAAACCCGGUGCAGGGGUCAUUACGACAAGGCCCCAUGUUCACUAUGUAGUGACCGAAUACGGAAUUGCGUAUCUUUUCGGAAAAUCACUCGUCCAACGCGCAAAAGCUCUAAUUGAAGUUGCCCAUCCAAACCACCGGGCUGAUCUUGAGCGAGGCGCGUUUGAACGGUUUGGGUUGAAAAGUUGGCGGGUUGGCUCUUGA